AUUUAUUUAAUGGCGACGCACACACCUCAUUCAGGAAAAAGCACCGGUGAGGCACAAGCCUUGUCAGUCCGUGUCUACAGCUUGUUUCUUACCUGUGUGCAACUGAGUGGUCCACAGUCAUCUGUUGAAGAGGCAGCCGGUGAACCAAUCAUUGCUGCUCCUGGUGAUGAUGUCAUCCUGCCGUGCCGCCUGGACUCUCAGGAGGAUCUGCGUGGUUUCACCAUAGAGUGGACCAAAGUGGACAUGAAGCUUUUUGUGUAUCUGUACUUGAGAAGGAAGAUCAUAACUGAACACAUGAAGGAGUCGUUGAUCCCGAGAGUGUCUCUGGACCAAGACGGACUAAAACGAGGAGACGUGACGUUAAAGAUCAGGAACGUGUCGCUCCAGGAUGAGGGGAAGUACAGCUGCUUCAUUCCUGGGAAGAACUUCAGGGAGACGGUUCAGCUGGUUGUUGAGCCAAACGGAGUCAGAGCUCCAACCAUGGAAACAUCCCAGGUUGACAUCAUCUCCACUCCAGAUCCAGGAGGAGACCGGAUCUGGAUCAGUCGCUCCAGACCGGCUCUCUGGAUCAUUCUUGGAGGUUGGACCUCAUUGAUCCUCUCUGCUGUUUGUGUUUGUGUCUUUCAGAGGAAACAACCAGAAGGUCAGAAACCUCCUCUGGUCUGAAGACAUCCCAUCUCUCCAAAAAUGCUUUGCUCGUCUUCAAGGAUUGAAGAGACUUUCAGAAUAAAGUUCUACCUGGAGAACCUAAAGUCACCGACCUCGGUCCAUUCAGGAAAACAAUAAGUCACAUCAGCAUCUGCCCCCACGGUUAGCAGUAAGGGGGCAACGGUUGACGGAUGAACCGGGAUCCAUCAGUAGCCACGGUUCUGCACACGUGGACCGGAGAACGCCACCCCCCACCCAGUGGUGUUCAUCAUCUAGUAAUGAUCUGUUUGUGUUUUUCAGAAUAAAAUGCACCAGAAUGCACUUUUGUUCAUCUGGACAUCUUGAUAUUUUUCUAGGAAUAUCUUGAGUUCAGAAAUGUCUUUAGUGUUUUUAGAAAUCGUCCUCAGUGAGAAAAUGAUUGCAGUGAUUUCUGGUCUGUGUGUGUUUGUAAAUACUUGAUGUAUUUUUGUAUGAACUAUGUGUUUGAAACAUGAAAUAAAUCCUCUGUCAGCUUUAA